AUGGAGAGCCAGAUAAGUAGUCCAGUUUCGUCUCCGACUGUCCGACAUAAAUCGGUGGAUUGGUCCUCAGAAGCCGAUACUGACCGAUUAUUUCGAGAUAACAGUAUUGAUCAAAUUCGUAAUCGAGAAAAGAGCAUUCGUGGUGAUAUUGAAAGGAAGAAAGAAGAGCUCAGGCAAAUGGUCGGAGAAAGGUACCGCGAUUUAAUUGAUGCUGCUGAUACUAUCGCCGCAAUGCAGGUCUCUUCUUCUGAGGUUGUUAAAAAGUUGGAUGAUAUGAAGCAUUACUGUUAUGAAAUUGACGCUCUACAAGCUAAUUACAAUGCUACCAAUAAUUCUGGAGACACUGUAGGCGUAAAUGGAAAUGUUAGAAUUGGCAAGGAUUCAUCUACCUUUUACAGUAUCGCAACACAGAUGAAGUUGCUAGUCGAUAUACCAGAAAAGAUAUGGAGUACCUCGGAUAAAAAGAAAUUUUUAGAUGCAGCUUUACUAUAUCUGUUAGCGCGCCAGAUUGUUGAUAAUUUACAAAAGAGUAUGACUUCAUCGCCUGUUAAAAAUUUAUUGGCUUCUUUUCCUAUCUUACCGCGUCAGUGGUCGACUAUCAGCCACUACGUUGUGUCUAUUUUGCAGGACAUCCGUGAACGAUUAAAAAUUGUGGAUCUACCUGAACAGGAUAUUGGAGAAUGCUUAUGCGCUAUAUUAUUAUUAGAUGAUCAGUGUAAAUUUCCUAGACAGGCUUUUAAAGAUUUUCUUAUCGUCAGAAAUACGUUACUAGAGACUUUACUAUAUUCAGAUGAACACACUGAUAGUAUCAAACUGCAAAUCCGUGAUGUUGUCUCAGUUAUACGAUUAACUAUUUGCCAAAUCUAUAAAAUCUUCUACGUAGCGGAAACCGAAGAUGCGUCUAAGUUAAGACCACGGAUAUUUUCGUCUAUGUCCUUAAUAAGUGUUGAAGACAUUCGAGAAAGUUGCCAAGAAUGGGUUACAAUGAUUACACGAGCUGUGGUUGAUGGAGUCUCAAGACUGUUGGCUUAUGUUAGCAGCAUCAAAAGUUUAAUGGCAAUUAGAGACGCAAUUUGGAAUCUACUAACCGAUGAAUUACAAGGAAACGAUAACUAUCCAGACUGGGAUUCCAUAUGCAUAGAAGUUUUAGGGCGAAAGUUAUCGAUAUGGGACGAAUUUUUAAAGGGAUUAUUUUUUGAACGUGCAAAAACCAUUACUCAAAGUAUGUUUGAUAAUGCAUUCAACGUUGCAGAGGAAAUGAUUACGGAAGGCUUAUUAGAUCUAGAUGGUGAUCAGAGCAUGGUAUGUGAUCACGACAUGUCAACGUACAUCUGGCAAGAAAGUUCAUAUGAUAUGCCUUCGGCCAAUGCAUGGGCUAGUUCUUUCGAAACUGAAAGUGUAAGAGAAGAAACAGGUGGCUUAACUUUAAAGUCGAGAGCUUUCACACCAAGCGUGCACAGGCUCUGUAGAAAAUUCGAUUCGAAACUGAGAAAAAUACUAGAAGACUGUAAAUACUAUGUGCAAGACGCAGUAUCUAUACGGCCUACUCCACUUAGAACCACUUCUGAAUCUUUAGCAUACGGCAUUACACAUUCAGCAGCUUUGCCCCUGAAGGAUAGCAAAGUUGGUGCCUUCGAUAAAUAUGCCGGAUCAGACGAAAUGAAGCAGUUUAUGAAGACUACAUGCGAAGAAUGUAUUAAGAACAUUGCUGAUGAAAUUAAUACUAAACUGGAUGAAUUGCAAUCUUCUAUGAAUGAUGAGACGGUAUCAAAUGUGAAACGAGCUUUGCUAAUUGACAGUGUUUUAUGGUUAGGUCGAAUUGCUCGUGCGAUAUUGGAGCAGUGCCCUAAAGCUAAAAAAUUAAUGACAAUUGAUAAGGAUCAAGAAAACACUGCAGUUAAAACUAAAAGCUUAAAUAAAUGGUCGUCUACUGCCUCUAAAAGAUCAAAAUCUAUAUCCUUGGAAGUUGAAAAUGAGCAGCGGUAUCAUCAACUGUUGACUAAAACUUAUCAUCGAGCACACAAGUCAAUUUUGCAAAAUCUUGUACAUCGACUGUCUUCAGGAAUCUAUGGGAUUUACGAAGAUCACUUAACCAAUGAAAAGAUUGAAUCAGAGCGUGACCUUAAUGUUAGCAGUGUAUUAGAAGAAGGUGUCGAAUCUUUUCAAACUGCCACGCCUGAAACGAAAAUUACGCAGACUUGUGCAAUUCAAUUCCUUUACGAUAUUCAAUUCAUAAAUAACAUUCUAAACUGUCAAACUGAUGAUAUAACGACGUCGAAAGAAUCAUAUAAACGAGCCCAAGACUUAGUUGAAAGAAUUGAAGGUUACAUUGAUCCUUUUGACCUAGAUGUUUUUACGCCGUAUAUCAAGUCAAAUUUAAACCGUUAUACUCAAAGAUGCAUGGCUCUGUUAGGUUGUUUAACCUGUAUAAGUGGUCAACCACCAAUCAUCACCACAGAUAGGACUAGUCAUGCAGCUGGUCAAGAAUCACAUAAUGUAAUGCCCUUAUCGGAACUAUCAGUUCGUUUUUCUCUCCUGCCAUAUAGCACAAAUGCGCAACGAAAUAGUAGCAAUAAGAAUGAUAUUAAGAAAAGAUCAAGGAAGCUUAGCGAGCCACCUUCCACUGGUAUAGCAGAGGCCCAUGGAAUACCUGAAGCCACAGCUAACUUAUUUAAGCGUGUUGAAUUAUUAGCUAGUUAUGGUAUUUUUGACGACGACGAUACAAACACUGGAUAG